GUAUGGAGAUGGUCUCAGCUGGGGAGACCUGUUCACACUGGCAGGCACCACGGCCAUCAAGACGAUGGGCGGUCCGAUUUCGCAGUACUGCGCUGGCCGCAUCGACUCCCCAGAUGGCACAGAGAGCCUGGAUCUGGGCCCCAGCCCGGAGCAGGAAAAGUAUGCGCCCUGCCCAAUCAACGGCACUUGUCAGCGACCGCUGGGAAGCACCACAGUCGGCCUCAUCUACUUGAACCCCGAAGGCCCGGUGGCCAAGCAGCCGGACGGCAGCUGGGCACCGAAUCCGGACCCCAAGGCCUCCGCCCACGACGUGCGCGACGCUUUCGGCCGUAUGGGCAUGAACGACUCGCAGACGGUGGCCCUCAUCGGAGGCGGCCACGCCUUCGGAAAGAGCCAUGGUGCGUGCCCUUCGGGCCCUGGGCCGGCGCCUCGCGAGGACAUCAACAACCCUUGGCCAGGAAAGUGCGGAAGUGGCAAGGGGGCAGACACCUUCACGAGCGGCAUGGAGGGCCCCUGGACGACCAACCCUACGAAAUGGGACAACGAGUACUUCGUCAUGCUCAUGAAUCGCACCUGGGAGAAGUUUACCGGCCCUGGUGGUCACUGGCAGUGGCGCGUGAAAGGAGCUGCGCCCUCCGAGGAGAACCUCAUGAGGCUCACCAGUGACAUGGCCCUCCUGAAUGACAACGCCUACUUCUCCAUUGUCCAGGAGUUUGCCCAGAACCAGGGGGCCCUUGAUACAGCCUUUGACGAGGCCUGGUUCAAGCUGACCACCAGUGGUGGCCGUUGGUCCACAGAGAAGAAGU